AUGAGAAUAGGAAUUCACGCCGGUAGCUGGUACGACAAUGACGUCGAAUUACUCAGAAACAAAAUUGAAAAAGCUUUGUCACAAAGCGAGGAAACACCUACACUCUAUUUGAAGUAUAUAGUAGUGCCUCAUGCUGGCUACACAUAUUCUUUGAAGACAGCAAGCGCCGCUUUUCGUAUGGUAGAUGUUACAAAAAUUAACACCGUUUUCAUCUUGGGACCCUCGCAUCAUCUAACCAUACGAGGCUGCGGUUUAGACAGAUUCAAAUACCUUAAAACACCACUGGGUGAAUUACAGGUGGACACAGAUAUCACACAGAAGCUGCUGAAGCAAGAUGGCUUUGUGGAGAUCAGCAGGAGGGACUCAGAGCAGGAACACUCCAUCGAAAUGCAGUUGCCAAUACUGAAACACCUAUUAAACACUGGCGGUGUAAAUCACGUAAAGAUAGUCCCCAUCUUAGUCGGAUUCAUGGAUCACCACCACCUGGACAUAGCGGGUAUGUUUUACACUCAAGCAUUAAAGGAGUCGUUCAGCGGAAGCUUGAAGGUUAUGCAGGAGACCCUAUUCGUGCUCUCAUCCGACUUCUGCCAUUUUGGAAGGAGAUUCGGUUUUACACGUACAGGGUAUGAGAGCUAUCGUAUACCAUUGUGUGAAGCGAUUAAAAAACUUGACUUCGACGGGAUACGACACAUUCUGAGACAUGACCUGGACGGGUUUAUACGCUAUUUAAAACACACCCAAAACACUAUAUGUGGUCGUUAUCCAAUAGAACUGCUACUAAAGCUGAUAUCCAUCUCGGACAUGGAGCUUGACUCCAGAGUCUUGUCAUACACUCAAUCUAACGAGUGCACCGGAAUCAACGACUUCUCUGUAUCGUACUGCGCCAUCGCGGGGGUUCAAGAUCGAGACGAAGGAUCCGGGUGA